AUGGGAGAAUUGAUCCAGCUUGACGUCGGUAAAAAAGUGAAACAAUGGAAAAUUGACAAAAAACUCGGCGAAGGCGCAUUUGGUGCUGUUUACAAAUGCAGUAAUGCGAAAGGAGAAUUGUAUGCGUUGAAAGUUGAAGGAAAAGAUGAAAAGAUUCAAUUGCUCAAAAUGGAAGUUCAUGUGCUCACAGAGCUCAAGAAAAAUAGUGGACGACAUUUUUGUGAUAUCGCUGACAAAGGCCAAUACGAAAAUUUCAAUUAUGUUGUUAUGACAUUUGUUGGAAUGUCACUCGCUGAUUUGAGAGCUGCAAGUCCGAAUAAACGUUUUUCGAUGGGAACAGCUAUUUCAGUUGGAAGACAAUCAUUGGAAGCAUUAGAAGAUAUGCACAGUAUUGGAUAUCUUCAUCGAGAUGUCAAACCAGGAAACUAUACAAUUGGUCGAGCAGAAUUGAAUGAGUUGCGAAAAGUUUAUGUGCUCGAUUUCGGAAUGGCUAGAAAAUUUGUACACGAUGACGGAAGAAUCAAGAAACCUCGAAAUGUUGCCGGUUUUCGUGGAACAGUCAAAUAUGCACCCGUUUCUUGUCACGCAGGUCGCGAACUUUGUCGCCAAGAUGAUUGUGAAACAUGGUUGUAUAUGUUAGUUGAAUUGACUAAAGGAUCAUUGCCCUGGAGAAAUACAACUGAUAUUGGACAAGUUGGAAAUGAGAAAAGGCUGGUACGGAAAAGUGAAGUGUCAAAAAAAUGUUUCUUCGGAGGGUGAGAAUUUUACUCCGAUUUUCUAGUUCCAUUACUUGUUUGCAGAUGUCCUCUUGCUUACAUUGAUAUUCUUCGCACAAUUGAUACCGGACAGUUUUUCGCUGAACCAGAUUACCAAAGAAUGUACUAUUUGCUUCGUCAAGCUCUGGAAAUUACAGGAGCCAAGGAAUAUCCGUAUGAUUGGGAGGAAAAUUUGAUGAAGAAGUUCAAAGAAGAUCAGGAGAAAAAAGAGCAGGGAGAAGUUCCAAAAGAAAGUAAGAAAGAAAAGAAGGAAGAAAAGAAAGAGGAGAAACAAGAUGAUCAGAACAAUAACCUUAAAUCUGAAAAAGAAACGAAAAAGAAAAAUGAAAGAACAGAGGAAAUUGCUGAAGGAAAAUCUGAAAAAGAUUGA